AUGGUCAACGCAAUGAGGAAGAAUGUCAUGUCGCGGCGCAACCACCGCGAGCGUGCCCAGCCGCUGCACCGCGCCAAGCUCGGUCUCCUCGAGAAGCACAAGGACUAUGUCCACCGUGCCCGCGACUACAAGUCCAAGAAGGACCGCAUCAAGAAUCUCCGUGAGAAGGCUGCGUUCCGCAACAAGGACGAGUUCUACUGGGGCAUGGUCAAGGGCAAGACCAAGGGCGGUAUCCACAUCCAGGACCGCGGAAACGAAGCGCUCUCCACCGAUGUCGUCAAGCUCCUCAAGACCCAGGACUUGGGCUACAUCAAGGUCCAGAUUGCGCAGGACGAGAAGAAAAUCGCAAAGCUGCGUGCCGAGCUCGAGGUGACUGCCCCGGUCGCUGGCCCUAGCUCUGAGUGGACCGCCGCGUCUGAGCUUGCCGAGGUCGAGAAGCUGGCCGAGAUGGGUGUUAUAGUGCGCCCAUCGUCCAGUGCAUCCCGCAAGGGCAAGGGCAAGGAUGUUCCCAGCGGUCACGUCGUGUUUGUCGAGGCCAAGGAGGACUUCGACGCGUACGGUGACGACGACGACAACGAGACCGAGGAGACCGCCGAGGCCGAGGAGGCAGUGGAUCUCGGAUGGCUUGCCCCCGAGGCGCCAAAGAAGAGGAGGAAGGCGAAGGCACCUACUCCCCCACCAGCCGCGCCCGAGGACACGACCGACGAGGCGAGGGAAUACCGAAUGGAGCUGCUGGGCAAGCUGUCUGGUCUUCUGGGACGUGUGCGGGUGCUGCGACAGGCUGAGGGCCGCAUGGAGACCACCAAGGGUCUCAUGGGCAAGGGUGCGGCGCGUCGUGUGCGCGAUGCCGGGUUUGUGGAGGACGAGACGGUGGCCGAGGACCGCAACGGCGACCGCAAGCGGUUCGAGGGCAAGCAGUGGAAGUUCAAGCUGGAGCGCAGGAAGUAA